GAGCUUCCUUGAAACAGUGUCACUCCUUUAUGUUCUCUUAAAUCAUAGCCACAAAUACAAAGAAAGCAAAGCUUCCAAAGAUUGAUCCCAGGGUGGUAGAAAAGGGUGGAAGAGGAAAAGAAGAGAGAAAAGAAGAGGAAAAGAGACUAAUAGAGGAAGAGCUUAAGCAAAGCAAACUCUUUAGGGUUUUCAGGAAUGAAUAGAUCAGGUGUUUACCAAGGCUCUCUAUUGCAGCAGAUGGUAGGAGGAAGCACCUCUUGGUGGAACAUGAGUAAUAUGAGGCCAACUAAUGGAGAAAUCUCUCAUAUUCUUCAUCCUCAUCCUCUUUCUUCUUCCUCAGCUCUUCAACAACAUCUUCAGCCCUCUAAUUCUCUUUCCUUGAACUCUUUGUAUGAGAGCCAAGAACUUCCACAGUCAUGGAGCCAACUUUUACUUGGAGGAUUAGUAGGUGAAGAGGAGAGGUACAGCCUUGAUACUCCUUUUAAGAAAGCUUUGAAUUGGGAAGAGCAACUGAUGCACCAAACACAAGGAGCAUAUACUGUUGAUGUUAAGCAAGAGAAUUCAGAGAGCUUAUACAGCCAUGGAAGUACCAGUGAAGAAAUCCAAGCAGCUACAGGAAGUAAAGCUUCUUGGAGUCAGAUUCUACCAGUCUCCUCUCCUAGAUCUUGCGUCACCUCAAGUUUAAGCUGCAAUAUGUUAGAUUUCUCAAACAACAAAACAGAAAGAAGGAAUCUUCCUCCGGAUCAUUCAUCUGAGUGCAAUAGCAUAGAAACAGGUGCAGCUUUGAAGAAGGCAAGGAUUCAAGGCUCUUCACAAUCACAGUCCAGUACUUUCAAGGUAAGAAAGGAGAAACUUGGUGAUAGAAUAACAGCACUUCACCAAUUGGUUUCCCCAUUUGGAAAGACUGACACAGCUUCUGUGCUGCUGGAAGCCAUUGGCUAUAUCAGAUUCCUUCAGAGUCAAAUUGAGGCUCUAAGCUCCCCGUACUUGAAUACUGUAUCAGCGAAAACGAGACUGCCUGCACAAGGAGAAAGGAGUUGUAUAUUUCCAGAAGACCCUGGUCAGUUGUUGAAUGAUAAUUGCAUGAAGAAGAGAGGUCCAUCUGAUCAGAAUGGCAAUGAUGAGACCAAGAAGGAUCUAAGGAGUAGGGGUCUAUGCCUUGUACCUGUCUCUUGUACAUUACAUGUUGGAAGUGACGAUGGAGCUGAUUACUGGUCUCCAUCACUUGGUGGAUGCUUUCGAUAGGCUUUAUUUGAGCUUCAAAAUAGUUAAAUUAAUGGUGGAUAUAUCAUCAAGAGCAGUCAUUCUGGUAAGGAAGAAGAAGGCUGAUUGCUCUUGAUGCUAUGCAAAAUUAAGCGCUUGAUGUAUCAGUUUAUCACACUCUUGAUUUGAAGAUCUCUACUUCUUUUUUUCUUUUUGUAAGAAACAUUUUAUUUACUGUUAAUGAAUGCCACUUUAUAUGUACA